AUGAAUGAGGGGUCACCAAAGAAGAGCAAGAGCGGCUUUAUAUCGCCCCUCAAUCGCACAGCAACAAGUGUGCAUCGGGAGAUGCCGCUGAGCGAGGGACGUGAAACGGAGUUGGCCCUCAUCGCCGCGACCCUCGCGAAUAAGCAGCUUCAAGUUUCCAAGUUGACCUCCGCUUAUUAUGUAAAGACCAACCACAAGUUGGUGCAGGAAAAUGAAAAGUUGGAGCAUGAGCUAGAGGAGAAGGAGAGGGAAAGCUUCGCAGUUAUGGAGGCCUUAGAAGAUCGUAUGAAUGCGGUGAAGUGCGAUAAUGCAGAAAUGAAGGAGAAGCUGACUGCUGCACGGGAUUCCGCUUGGCGUGAUGUGAUGGAGGAGAUGGCAUCGAUGCAAGAGAGGUUGGAGGAAAGUGAGUAUCACACUUCGAGUUUGCAGAAAAGAAUAGAGUGGCUGGAGGAGGAGCUUGCGAGUGUGGAUGCCUUUAGGCAAGCCCGUGACAAACAUCAACGCGAGAUGGAAAACCUAAAGAAGGAAUACACGGAGGAGCAAGACAAACACGCGCGGGAUUCUCACUUACUCCGCAUGCAGCUAAUGGAAGAGCGGGUUCGAAUUCGGGCGGAGGAGCAGCUACUUAAUAGGCGACACGAGGAAGACGUCCGCAAAAUGGCUAUGGAGCUCCUCACCCAAAAGACACGCGACGUGGAUGAGGAGAAUCAGCAACUCCUGGAAGAAAAAAUUUUUUUGUCAGAAGACGCAAAGGCGGCACGUAAUGAAGCAGAUGCUUUAAGGCAGGAAAAUUAUAAGCUGCGUCAGAAUGCUGCACUGGCGAAGUCAGCAGAAGAGGAGUUUACCGCGCACGCGGUGCGCCAAAAGCGAGAAAUAACAUUGCUCAGAGAACAGGUAAAAACGACGGAGGAUAACCUCAAAGCGGUAGUAGAGAGCUACGAAAAACGCAUACAAAAACAGGCUAGGGAACAUGCCGCUGCCUUACGACGACUGACGCAGGAGCGGGACGAGGCAAAUUGCUUCGCUGAAAGUCUUCGUCGCGAGCUUGUGAAAAUGCGAUCCCUGUCGCGGCAGAUGGUGGAGCGACGCACCGAGUUGGAGAUGUUUUUCCACGAUGCCUUGGCACAAGUUCGCCGGGAGAUGUUGGAGGAGCGACGGAGAGGCACACGUUAUAUUGGCCACCAACACUCCAAUUCAUCCUCUUUCCAGCGAACUACACCGCGACUGAAGGAGGGCGAGGGUGAAUUGAUGUUGAUUAGCAACCGUCGUUUGCGACUGCCAUUGCCGCCGCCUUUGCAAAUUGGCGGUAGUGGGAGCAACACCACGUGGCAUAGCAAGGAGUCACCGGCUGGUGAUGGGAAUAUGGGCGGACCUUCUCUUCCACUGAUUACGUUACCAAAGGAGGAACUCGCUGUCACACGGAGUAGCCGCCUCAUUCCUGCAAAGGAAUGGCACUACAACGAGGGCGGUGCUUUGACAACCCGCUUUCUUCCUUCUUCAGAGGAGCCAUUGUUUGCACAUUCAGACCUCUCUUGUAUCCCCAACGCCCCCAAGCUAAAGGAUCUCCAGUCCAUUGAAAUCUCACAGUUGUGUUGGAAAGACAAGGAGCGGGUCCUGCAGAUCCUCUUCAAACAACUACAGGGGAAAUCCAAUUUCUCAAAGGCGGAACAAUGUAAAUCAACGGGCGAUACGGGUGAUUUGGUUGGCAGUGUGGUUGUGAAUUCGGAGACGCAUACGUUUCUUACGGAGUAG